CUCAGCUGCCAGAUUUAAGGAUCAGUAUCAGCAAAAUAAAUUGCUCCUUUGGGGGUACCAGGUACAAGGGCAUAAGUACUCGUAGCUGCGAACUACUGGGAUCCGGUAGUAUCCAUCGUGCAGUACAACUGUUCCAGUACCGUACCUACUAAGUACCGUACAGACCAAUACCGUAGAAUGGCUCACUGGAAAAAGCUGAGCUGUCCGGAAAAGAACACAUACAUGCAUCAUGCAUGAAGGCAAACACCAAGACACGCUGUCAUCUCUGGUCUGUGGUGCACGCAAGUUUGACCACUCACAGCACCGAGCACUGAGUAGCUGAGCUCUAGCUGGCAGAAUUUUCACCACUAUCGCUGCUGAAUGUCGCUCCAAUAGAUCUGAAAACUGAAAACUCUCUCUUUCCGUCUUUUAAAAACAUCGCAGCCCAUUAUCGCAUUCAUCAACUACUGGACUAACUGAAGUGUGCAACAUGGGAGCAUCCAACUCCAAACUAGAGGAUCUGUCGGUGGAAGAUAUCUGCGAGUAUGUUACCCAGCUCGGUAGCAAGUACAAGAGCUAUGGAGAAGCCAUCAAUUCGAAUGCUCUCGAUGGAGAGAUCUUGGCUUCCAUGGAGCUGGACGAGGAAAUGAAAGAGACGAUGGAGUGCCUAGAAAUUACCAACUUUUUGCAUCAACGCGUGCUAUUGAAAAAGUGGCGCAAGGCCAAAGAGGUAACGGGAGAGAACGCCCCGGAAGGAAAGUCUCUUCCAUCAGCCGCCGGCGUCAAACCAGAGCUCGCGAGAAGCUCUACGACCUUUUCCGCACAAACAGACGCGUCAGAAAUCACUUUGGACACGGCCAUGUCAACGGCAGUUUCCUCCUCCAACUAUACCAGACGCAUGGAAGAUCAGCAAGAUGAGGAUGAGCGUUACUGGGGCCCGCCAUGUCCGCCCGCUCCUGUACCCGUCGGUCUCGUUGUCAGUGUGGAGCAGCAGCAGCUUGUGGAUACUUUUAGCCUGCCGAAAUCGGAGGACCUCCUACCGGCUGAUUCUCAAGACCUGCACCCCUUUCGGAGGAUUGCUGAGCAAUGCCUUGGGGAUAUGAGAUCCAGUGUAGCAGAGGUCAACCUCCUGGAUACCACCCAUUUUGAGGACAAGAGCGGCAUGAAUAAUCUUGCAGUUGUGUGGCCAGGUCAAGAGACACCAGUCAGAAUGCAUUUUGAUAAACCCGGAGAUUGGGACGCCUGUAGGCGAUUCAUCUUGGGGUCUGAUGAGGACUUUUACAUGGAGGAUUGCGCCAAGGAAAUUGCACAAGAACUUGGCUUCAAAGAACCUGCGCGGUACUAUGGAUAUGUCGUAAGACAAAAUGGUGUACGAGUCGGAACUGUGUGCACUGUCGUAGAGCUCACUAAGAGCGAAGAAACGUCUCAUCAAGAAAAGGUGGACAUUUUGAAGUUCUGCGCCACAGCCGCAGAACGACAGAUCGAAAGACGUCGCGUCUUGUUGGAGCGGACGCAGCAUUUGGCACAAGGCAUCGAUCAACUGAAGAAGUCGGGUGUGGAUCAAGUUGUCGAACCUCCUUUUGGACCUGUUAAAGCUGUCAUGGCUUCUCAUCUGGCAGACCGAGACACCCUGUUUCCUUAUCCAACAGAACCAGAGACACAUCAGCCCUACAAUGGGAGCCCGACCUUGCCUCAUUUCUCAAGGAGAAGCGCCCACAUGCCCUCGUAUUCGAAUGCGCUGCAGGCCGACGCAGCGCAGCGAAUGCACCUCUCCUACUCGACGUCCCAGGUUGAUCCAAUCGCGAAAAAUGACAUGCAACGAACGGCCCAGAUGAAUUCUAUGAAGCUGAUGCAAAUGGAUCCUCUGUCCGAAGAAGCCAAGGUCAUCCAGAAGCUGGUAGACAUGACAGGAGCUCUUUUUGGAGCAGAGUACGCUUUCGUGUCUUUCCUCGACCACCAACACUUCUACGAACUGUUUCCUACUUUUCCUCAGGGAGAAAAGGCUGUAUCUGCCAAGUUUCGUUCCUUUUUGAACGAUACUUGUGAGCCUUUGCGACGACACCCAAUGACCGGGGAAACUUUUGUUUAUCGAGCGAGUCGGUCAGGUGCACUGUGUAACUACACCGUGAUGGAUCCAAGUCCACAGCAUCAAUGUUUUGUCGUUCACGAUGUCGCUCGAGACGAAUCGUUGGUGUAUCAAAAGGAGCAAUAUGAUAUUGGGUUUUACAGUGGUGCCCCCAUCAUUGUGAGAGGACAUGCCGUGGCCGGUCUUUGCAUGGUUGCCAUGCAAGCAAAGAGGAACUUCAGUCGGUCCCAAGAAGCCCAACAAGAACACCUAGCCCGGUUGAUCGGACAGCAGCUAGAGACAUGGGCACUUGGACAAGAGGUCAGAAAGCUUGAAAAUCAUCGGUCGCUGUUGCUGACCGACAACACCCAAAGCCAGGCGCUGUCACGAAUGCCGUCCAACCGACCGGAAGGGCACGCGGCUCUGGUUUUCACAAGUGUCGAGGGCGUCGAUGCGUUGCGAAUAUGCAAUGGUCUCGAGAGGGCUCUUCUCCUUCACGAUCAUGUAGUGCGGAGCAAGCUGGUCGAAAACGGUGGAUACGAGGUUAUGAGGGAAGCGGACGGUUCGUUCCAACUGGCUUUCAUGGACGUUGUGGACGCCGUGAACUUCGCCCUGCAAACCCAAGAGGCACUAUUCCAGGCGCCGUGGGAUGAGGACAUCCUCGCUCAGCCGGAGGCAAGGGCGGAUUGCUCCAAGUCCUUUCGUGGCCUGCGCGUGAAGAUGGCUGUUCAUAGUGGCGAUGUGGAACUAGCAUGUGAGGCACUAUCUGGCAGGGUCUCUUAUACCGGCGAGACAUUCCACAUUGGCAAGUGCUUGGGAAGCAUGGGCCACGGCGGGCAGAUCCUUGUGACGUCGGAUGUUUGGGAUAUUGCUUCCCAUUUAGUCUCAAGUACUCUGGGCUCGCCUCAAGUUCUUGACCUGGGUUGCCAUGUGAUGGCUUCAGGAAGCAGCGACAUACAUGACGGUGUCACUAUUCAGAAUAUUAUCCAAUUGGUACCGAGCUCUCUGGCGCAUGAUUACGUUGAAAACCGGCGACUGCUGACCGGAGAACGGUGCGCUGCGGCAACAGUUGGGCGUGUAUUCCCAGCUAUCAAGACGACGAAAGCGGUCAGUGCUUCCUUUCAUGAUGCGCCGUGUUCCAGUAACAAUAUUUCGAUCGUGUCGGUGAAUACUAGCGAGGUACAAGCAAUUGCAGACGAUUCAAGCCUUGUGCUUGCAGCCCUUUCGAAGACCAUUGAUACCGUCCUGAAAGAGAACUUCGAAGGAGGAUAUCAAUGCAAGGACUUCCUGGUAGCGUUUCACGCAGUUUCUGAUGCAGUACGCUUCGCGUUGAAGAUUCAGGAUAAGCUUGAGAAGGAAAAUGUUCUCGAUGUUUGCUUGAAGAACAAGGUCAGGAUUGGAAUCCAGGAGGGAGUCUUCGAAAGCAUGGGACCUAAUCCCGUGACUGGGAGGGCUGAAUACUUCGGAGCUGUUUCUCAGUAUGCUUCGCUUGUUGCCGAAGCCGCAUCCCCGGGGUGUGUUUAUUUGGGCAAGGCAGGUUCAGACCUUGACGCCUUCCUUCAACCUGUCACCAGUGGUUUCAUGCUGGACUUCACUGGUCGGAGGUCCUUCCAAGGGGUAGACGAGGAGUUCAUUCUGUACAAGUGCCAACCAUGCAGGUCCUGGUAUGAUUCAAUGAUGGACAAACGGGCAGGACGCAGGUCCCUCCAGGCGCCUUGGCGAGAUUAUUACUAGCGAGAGGACUUGGCUUGACCUGCGUCCUUCUUGGAUGCGCCCCCCUUGCGUUGGCGGCUAUGACUUUCAUCUUGUUUUUCGGCUAGAUUUGAAUGCAGUACAUGUAAAUAUGCUACAUUAGACUACAUUAUUAGCUAUGU